AACCAACGCAUAAGUAAAGAAUUAUGAAAUUUAUACCUUGACAUGUAUUGUACUGUGUAAACACUACUUAUGAAAGCUAAAUAAAGUUUUCAGAUUAACAGUCAGAUUGAGAAAAACGACCUGCCGCUGCGAAUAUGUUUGAGCCUCUCGUGUGUGCGUGCGUGGAGAGACGGCUAUAAACCAUUGAUGCUCAUCACGAAGUGAUCCAGUCACAUCAAGACAAUCGACGUAUCAUGGUGUAUCUCGACGCAGAAUCAUCUCGUCACGAUGAAAUGCAAACAAGUGAAGGUUGCAGAAAACCUUUUCUUAGUUUCUCGAUUGAACGCAUCCUUUAUGGACAUUUUCGUACAGAACGAGAAAGAAUAAAAAGAAAACAGGAGAACUCGUCUACAAUAGUCGAUCCUGCAAGUAGUGCAAUGCCAGUUCCAAAAUACAAUUGGCUUGGAUAUACGAGAUAUAACCCUCCAAAGUUACCAAAGUCAAGUAAACGUCGACCGAAACAGAAACGAAAGCCCGGUCGCAAUCCCAGAGUUCCAUUCACUCCCAAACAGCUGACGACCCUGGAAAACAAGUUUGAAACAAUGAAGUACUUGACAAGUGAUGAAGUUCGUAGUUUGUGUUUGGAACUGACGUUACCGGAAAACAAAAUAAAAAUAUGGUUUCAAAAUCGAAGAGCAAGAGAGAAAAGAAAAAGUUCACAAAGCAGCGAUGAAUAUGUUGACGUAAUGACAAUUGACGGGGAGAACAGUUAGCUAUGUAUGACGACACAUGCACUGAAAAUUAGUUAUAGUUUUUAUAGAGGUCUAUAGUUAUAAAAUCAGUUAUGCAAUCAUAAAGUUUGCAUUGUAGUAAUCUUGCACAGCGUACGUUCAACAGGACCUUUAUUUAUUGCUGUCAAUAUUCAAUAAUGAGCAUAGGAAUUUCUUCGAUGACGUCAUUCGAGCAUUUCCGCUUACAAAGAGAAAACACUUUGAAUGCAAAGUUUCAUAAUGGAACACAUCGUAAAAACCUCAGGUUGUAACAUAGGAUAGAAAAUAAAACAUACUUUUACAUUUCAUCAUCA